UUUUAAGUCACGCCAACAGGUUGAGACACAAGCUGUUUUGGUCACAAGUCAGGACUUGUGGAUGUUGACCAGAGUCCGCUAAUAUCCUUCAAUAUUUAGUGUUACAGACACCUGCUCCAAGUGAUACGCCAUGACAGAAGUGUUCCGGUUCGGCCUCGUGCCCAUCGCUUGUCGUGCCCGGAAUGAGGACCGCAGCCAAGUGGCAUUGAGUCUCAACAACAAUGAAGUGAAUAUAUAUGGCAGAGCUGCAUCAGAGUGGAAGCUUCAGGAAACACUCCAGGGUCAUGAUCUGCGUGUCACAGGCAUUGACUGGGCUCCCAGCACCAAUCGCAUUGUUACAUGUGGAGCAAACGAAUAUGGGGGGGGGAGAGACGCCAUGGCGUUGUUUACAUCCCGGGGCCCAGUAGCAGAUGAGUUAACGACUAAACCCUUGAGAAAUUAACAACUGGAUCAUGGA